UGCGUGGAAAGGAAAGCAGAUGGUAACCCUACUAACUCCUGUUUCCGCUCUCCACCCUCUGAGUUCCUCUUUCUCCUCUACUGAAACCAUAAUCUUCCUCUCCUCGGCGCGCUCCCAUGUCUCUCGCCAUGGAGCCCACAAACCAAGCAAGUAGUGACGGUCACAAGCCUCAAACAUGGCGGAUGCGUACUGGAGGUAUAAUGACGGCUAGCAACCGCCGCCGUCGGCGAUGAAUAUAGCCGUCGGAAAGCGUCCUCGCUCCGGUUACGUGCCAGAGAUGGAUCUACGGCCACCACCGCCAACCACGCCGCUGGGAAGAUCUUAGAUUGAAAACUGGAACUUUGUACGAGGUUUCAUGAAUAGAGGAAGUGUGCUUGCUCACUCUCUGAGUGUUUCGUCGAGGGUUCAAGGUUUUUCAACAAGAAAAUUAAGCUGCAAAUUAAAUUGAGCUAUGGCUCAAUGGUUUAAAAAUUAAAACACCAGAAAGAUGGUUAUUCUAGCUUUCUAACCAGGUUUGUAUCUAUUUUUAUUUUUAUUUUUUGCAAUGCUCCUCUGCACUACAAGGUCUCUCUCUCUCUCUCUCUCUCUCUCUCUCUCUCUCUCUCUCUCCCUCUCUCUCCCUCCCCUCCAUCUCAGUUUUUCAUUACCACCACUUGGACUUCUCAUCUGGAUGGGAAUUACGUUUGGGAAGGUGAUCAAGGGCAUGGGUGUGGUUCGUUCAGUUGAGAAUGUGAACACGAAGGGCGGAGACUUGCCUAUCCAAGAAGUUAUUGUGGAUUGUGGGCAGCUUCUUGAGGGAGCAGAUGAUGGGGUGUGUAACUUCUUCAAAGAUGGUGAGGUUUAUCCUGAUUGGCCUGUUGAUCUUGAUACAAAACUAGAGAACAUUUCUUGGUGGGUCACGACUGUGGACGCUAUUAAGGCCAUUGGAAAUGAACCGUUCAAGAAGCAAGACUACAAGAUGGCCCUCAGAAAGUAUCGCAAGGUUUUGUGGUACGUGGAUAUAUGCUGCGACGAGCUCCUCUUUACUAAUAGCUCAGCCUGCAGGUUGAAAUUAGGAGACCUAGAAGGAGCAUUGUUGGACACAGACUUUGCAUUGCGUGAUUGGGAAGCUAAUGUGAUGGCUUUGUUUCGCCAAGGCCAGCUCCCAAUUGAUCAUUUUCUGUGGUUUUUGUUUUCUGGGUUUUUUUUGGUUGUCUAGAAAAUGCCGUAAAUGAAGGAAAGUUUGAAGCAUUUUUGUUUUAUUUUGGGUUGUACGAUUAAGUUCUCUGUAUUUGUGGAGGAUGUGUUUACUACUUCGUCUAAGCUAAACAUUAAGAAGAGAUUUAGUUGUCGAAUGUUUGAACAACUCUUUAUAUGUAAAAUAGCUUUGUCAACAACUACUAUAUAUUAUACAAAUACUUAUUUUAAAUCUACGCACAAUGCUUCAACACAUUUAGUCCCUUAUCCUAACGCUAAUUGUACUUAAAAUUCAUUUGCUAUACCCACGGCAACGCGCGGGCUAAAACUGCUAGUAAUUGACUAAAACAAUAAAUGGCAAGAGUAUAGAAUUUGUUUUCCCAGAAAAUUGGGGGUAAAACUGGAAGAAGAGUGAGUCAAAGAAGGGUAAUGAGAAUGAAGAGAAGAACAGAAGCAAUGAAGGGGAUACUUUACAGCAGCAACGAGGACCCUGUGUGUGUCACGCAUGGUCUCUUUGAUAAAAGUAAACACAUUCGAAGGAUAAUAUGCAGAUCAGUUUUUGGUUGUACAAAAAGGUGAGGUUUUUUUUAUAGAGAAUGACGGUUUGGUCCUUUCACGGUUUCACUUGGUGAACAUAUGGGUGGGCACGGUUCGAUUUCGUCUGGUUUAACAUAAAAAACAAAAACCAGACCAAAGAAUUUGCAUGGUUUGAUUUGGUUUGGUCGAUUUAUGCAGGGUACAUGCCGCAACAUCUGAACUAAUCAAUACCUAUUUAAGAGAGAGAGAGAGAGAGAGAGAGAGAGAGAGAGCUCUACUUUAUGUAAGACCCAUUUUGAACAUAAAUAUUAACUGAUUCCACAACAAUUGUAAAAUGUUUAUUAAAUUAAACCAAAUAUAUAUUCUAAAAUAUUCAAACUAAACAUUCACUAGUUGAAACACUUGUCAAAGAGAAUUUGCAAAUAAAAAGAAACAAAAGCAAAAAUAUGUUAAAUUUUAUAAUACUUCAACAUGUCAAUGCAUUAAGAUUAAAAUCGGUCCUACAAUUUUAUUGUAUCUAAAAUUAAACUCAGGCUUUUGAUGUCGUUUUUUCCUUGCUAAAAGAUUCGGACAUUCACUUUGUAGUAGUGGCAUGUCGUUCAUUAGAGCUGCUUUUCUUUUCAUUGGCUGAUGAGGAGCCCGUUUCCUAGUUGUUUUCUGUUUUACUACUCUUUGCUUUUUCACUGCUUCUUCUCUUAGGUCCAUUGUCAAAUGUAUACAAGGACACAAUUUCAGGAAUUUCCCCUGGAAUGUUGUAAUUCGAUUUCGACGCCAUUGUUCUAGCAAAAA